UAGAAUGCACUUGCAUUUCCUGUAUCUGGUAAAGAAAAAAACUGUUAACGUGUUUCAGAACAGCUAAAGCUUGGAGCAGAGUGUUCUUCUGAAAUUAGAGCAAGUCUUCCUGGACAAACUAAAGUAGCCCAGUAAACCAGAAAUGAAGAAGUGUUGUUUUAUGAGCAAUCUGAGACUAUAGUUACCUGUGAAUCGCAGCAUACAUUCACAAACUGUUGAGACUGAAACCCCAGAAGGCAAGGACCAUCAAAUGAAAACAAUUCACAUUCAAAGAUUACAUCUGCUGCUCUACAUACUGAAGGAUGGCUUCAAUAUUUAAACAAGUUGUGGGUCAUAUUACGGGAAACUCUGACAGAGAUCUGAUUCGUGUCAAUUCUCAAUUCAACUCUGAAAAGUUCAAACCUCUCUGCCUAAUAAGAAGGCAACAAAAACAUUUUUUCUUCAGAAAGUUCAGAUAUAUAGGAACAGGCUUUGUCCUUGAAGAUGUAUUGGAAGGCAGUCAAAAAACAAACAUAGAUGUGGAUGUUGUGGGAGAUGUCUGUUUCUUUGAAAUAUCAAAGAGAGAGCUCGGCGGAAAACUCAGCAUACCUGUGGAGGUUGGAAAAGUAGACUUUAAAUCUUCUGCAAGCCAAGCCAACGUUAUAAAUAUGAAACUGAAAAAGAUGACUGUCAACAUGCAACAGCUGGAAGACUGUAUCCAAACUAUAAAGUUUAACCUGAAACAUGGUCUUAUGAAAGGUCUCAUGAAAGUUAGAAAUGAGCAUCUCUGUGUUGUAACUGAAGCCAUAAUUACAGAUGAAGAACUUGAACUGGAGCAGAUUCGUACACUUGAUGGAAAUCUGAAAAUUACUAUCUUCAAUAAUCCAGAAGCAUUAGAGGGAAAAAAAGCCAGUUAUCAGAGAUUGAGAGUUUCUAGCGGCACCGUGCUAGCAUAUGGAGUGCAUCCACUACAAAUCAGUCGAUAUGUUGGGACUGGAGCACUCCUCUAUGUAGAGAACAAGAAGGUCAAAUCUUCAUUCCACACAGAUGAUAUCAUGAAGACAUUACAGACUCGUAUGUCAUACGAAAUGAUUUCCAAAUGUAGUGGAGGCUUUGACAGUACUGCAAUGCGGUUACAAAAAGGUUCAUCUAAUAGUAUUUCCUUUACAGAGGACACUUGGGUCCUUCCUAAUGAAGAAAACUUAUUUAAAGGCAAUUAA